AUGUGUAGGGGUUGUCCCCCUAUCAUUCUUGGCGGUCUUUCCUUAUCCUAUUCUCGCAACGUCAGGGGAUUGCCUCCUCGGUUGCAGAGCCCUGGAUGUGUAGGGGUUGUCCCCCUAUCAUUCUUGGCGGUCUUACCUUAUCCUAUCCUCGCAACGCCAGGGGAUUGCCUCCUCGAGCCCUGGAUGUGUAGGGGUUGUCCCCCUAUCAUUCUUGGCGGUCUUACCUUAUCCUAUCCUCGCAACGUCAGGGGAUUGCCUCCUCGGUUGCUGAGCUCUGGAUGUGUAGGGGUUGUCCCCCUAUCAUUCUUGGCGGUCUUACCUUAA